UAUUUAUCCAUUUCAAUCUUCACAAUCAUAAUUGAUCACCACCACUAUCACCACCCAACGCCACCAUGCACCUCCACCACCUAUGCUUUGUCUUACCAUCCGACGGCGAUGACACAAACCAAUUUGACCACCACCACCCCUCAAAACCGCCACCGUCACCACCACCGCCACCUAAGCAAAGAUCAUGUGGUACUCACCUCCAUGAGGCCCUCCGCAACACCCUUCACCGGUUUUUAAACUCGAAACGUGACAUUCGGUUAUGCGGUUCCUGCAUUAAACCAUCGGCCGCGGUCUUCCACGACACCGACGGAGUACAACUUUCUAAGGAGACGAGUGUCGCUACCCAUAGCCCGAAAACAUUUACAUACUCCGAGCUUUACAUAGCCACCAAAGGCUUUAGUGAGGAUCAAAUUCUCGGCAGUGGCGGCUUCGGGAGAGUUUUUCGAGCCGUCCUGCCGAGUGACGGGACCCUUGCAGCCGUCAAGUGUUUGACGGAAACAGGGUCCCGCUUUGAAAAGAGUUUCGCGGCAGAACUAGUUGCGGUGGCACAUCUGCGCCACCGCAAUCUGGUCCCACUCCGCGGAUGGUGUGUUAAUAAUGAUCAACUACUACUUGUUUAUGACUAUAUGCCGAACCGGAGUCUAGACCGGUUGCUUUUUCGGCGGGUGGGAAAUAAUAAAAAUUUGGCCGCGCCGCCACUUGAUUGGGAUAGGAGGAUGAAAAUUGUGAAGGGGCUGGCCGCGGCUCUUUUUUAUCUACAUGAGCAGCUUGAGGCUCAAAUUAUACACCGAGAUGUGAAAACGAGUAAUGUGAUGCUUGAUUCUAAUUUCAAUGCGCGGCUUGGUGAUUUCGGGUUGGCUAGGUGGAUGGAACAUGAGCUCGGGUAUGGCAUACGAACGCCUUCGAUGGGCGAUAACUCACUACGGCUUGCGGACACCACGAGUAUUGGGGGUACGAUUGGUUAUUUGCCACCCGAGAGCUUCGAGAAAAAAACUGUGGCAACGGCGAAGUCUGAUGUUUUUAGCUUUGGUAUCGUUUUGUUGGAAAUCGCGUCGGGACGAAGAGCAGUGGAUCUUACGCUUCCCGACGAUCAAAUCAUUCUGCUUGACAGGUUUAGAAAACUAUCCGAUGAAAAGAUGGUUUUGCAAGCAGCCGAUAGCCGGUUGUCGGACGGGUCAUACAACCUUCAUGAAAUGGAGAACUUGAUUCAUCUCGGGUUACUAUGCACGCUCCACGACCCGCAAACUCGACCUAGUAUGCGAUGGAUCGUGGAAGCACUUUCGGGUGGUAUUGGUGCCACCCUUCCUGAUCUUCCUUCAUUCAAAUCCCACCCUUCUUACAUAUCCGUAACCCGUAGCACCACCAGCACUAGUGGAACCACCGCGGCGGCCACCACCAUCACCAUCAGCACCUCAUUCGGAAUUGCUUCUAGUAGCUCAACCGCCUUCGCCUCAGCCAAAGAAGAAAGCUUAUACAUAACCGCGCAACAAGAACAAAGUGACAACAGUGGCGGCAAUGAUUUUAUGACCGCAACCGCACAACUGAGCCGCCGCCAAAACGCGUUCCUAAUGGUGGAACCGCCAAGGGAGAUAACCUACAAAGAGAUCAUUUCCGCCACCGAUAACUUCUCCGAUUCCAACCGACUCUCUGAAGUCGAUUUCGGGACCGCAUACUACGGCGUUCUCGACAACCAUGACAUCCUCAUUAAAAGGCUGGGGAUGAAAACAUGCCCAGCCCUACGCCUCAGGUUCGCAAACGAGCUUGCGAACCUGGGGCGCCUCCGCCACCGGAACCUCAUACAGCUCCGAGGGUGGUGCACCGAGCAAGGUGAAAUGCUCGUAGUCUACGAUUACUCGGCUAACCGCCUCUUAGGCCAACUCCUGUCCCAUCACAACCAUCGAAAAUCAAACUUCCUACGAUGGAACCAUCGAUACAACAUUGUCAAAUCACUCGCGUGCGCAAUUCGAUACCUCCACGAAGAAUGGGAAGAACAAGUCAUCCACCGAAACAUCACAUCAUCCGCAAUAUACAUUGACCCGGACAUGAACCCGAGGCUUGGUUCCUUCGCGCUAGCGGAGUUUUUAACCCGAAAUGAGCACGGACAUCAUGUCGUAAUCGAUAAAAAAGUUUGUGUACGUGGAAUUUUCGGGUAUAUGGCUCCGGAAUACAUGGAACAAGGAGAGGCGACACCAAUGGCGGAUGUUUAUAGUUUCGGGGUGGUGGUCCUGGAGGUGGUGAGUGGGCGGAUGGCGGUGGAUUUUCGGCGGCCCGAGGUGUUGUUGGUGAAAAAGCUUCAUGAAUUCGAGUCUCGGAAUCGGAACUAUGAUGAAAUUGUGGAUCCAAGAUUGGAUGGAGAGUAUAACCGGAAAGAAUUGGGGAGGUUGGUGAAGUUAGCAAUGGCUUGUACGCAAUCGAACCCGAAUCUAAGACCAACAAUGGCGACAAUCGUGAGCAUACUCGAUGGUCAUGAUCGAUGGUUAACGGGAGAACGAGAAACAGAGAGUAUAGAUGAAUGGAAAGAAAGUAACAUGUUAUCUUUGUCACUCAUUCGGAGAAUUCAAGCUUUAGGAAUACAAUGAUGGAGGAAUCAAGAAUCUUUCAUAUACAUAUAUAUGUACACAAAUGGGUACUAUAUAGGAAUACAUCAUAUAGGUAUACAUUGUAUUUACCAUUGGUAACAAGUUUGUUUUUAUAUAGUUUGAGAUACAUGUUACUCUGCCAGCGCGAUGCAUAGGGAGCGACACUUUGCAGUGUGGUACUCGUUUUUGUUUCUGGUAGUUUUCUUAUCCGUAUAAUAUUUUUACAAAACAACUUAUUAAUUUAGCAA